CCUUGAACAAGAGUACUCGUCGGACACAGCCUCACGUCCAUGGGAUCUAGACUUUCACUCUUUCAGAUUUUGCAAAAUGGAAAUAAUAUUAGCAGUGCCUUUUAAAAGAGGAAUUUGAUCGAGAUAAAGAAGUCUUAAAUAAAAUUAACUGAAAAUAAAAACACUGAAUUUGGAAAACAUACAGCCAUUAACACAUUGUAGAGAAGAAAUAAAAAGGGACAGAAGGAGUACUUUUUAAAAAACGACUGAAGACUGCUGUAACUAAAGGUCGGAUGUAAACAGGAUUCUUACUAACCAGAUCAAUGGCCGUUUAACAACCGCAUACUCUAUUGCUAAGAAACGUUCGGAAAUAGCUUGCUAGUUCCAGCUAAAAUUGAGGGGGAAACCUGUCGGAUUUGUAUCAAUAGUGACUGCAUAUCAGAAUUUUGAAAAAGAAUGUUGGCGCAUUAUCUGCGAGGACAUUCUACAGAAUGACACAGAGUGCUGGCGAAGUGUAGAGGACAUUGUACUUGGCCAGCCAACGCCGAGAGCAGAGUGUCGACGUGCAAGCGAGCGCCGUCAAAUUAAUGUACGCCGCAUAAGCCAUUGUUUUUCCCCCUACUUCGCAUAUUGUUGGAGGAUUAAAAAUACGUUUUUGAUGAUUCGAGACCUGAGCAAGAUGUAUCCACAGGCACGGCAUCCGGCACCGCACCAACCCGCCCAGCCCUUUAAAUUCACCAUAUCCGAGUCCUGCGACCGCAUCAAAGAGGAGUUCCAGUUCCUGCAGGCUCAGUACCACAGCCUGAAGCUGGAAUGUGAGAAGCUGGCCAGUGAGAAGACGGAGAUGCAGCGGCACUACGUGAUGUACUACGAGAUGUCAUACGGACUCAACAUAGAAAUGCACAAACAGGCGGAGAUUGUGAAGAGACUCAAUGCCAUCUGUGCCCAGGUGAUUCCGUUCCUGUCCCAGGAGCAGCAUCAGCAGCAGGUCGUCCAGGCUGUGGAGAGGGCAAAGCAGGUGACCAUGGCUGAACUCAACGCUAUCAUCGGGCAGCAGCAGCUCCAGGCUCAGCACCUGUCUCACGGUCACGCCCUGCCGGUGCCCCUGACCCCCCACCCUGCCGGCCUGCAGCCAUCCACCCUCACUCCAGUAGGGGGCAGCGCAGGCCUCCUGGCCCUCUCCAGUGCCCUCGGAGGACACCCCCAGCUGCCAAUCAAAGAUGAGAAGAAACACCAUGACAACGAACACCAAAGAGACAGAGACUCAGUAAAGAGCUCGUCUGUGUCCCCAUCAGCCAGCUUCAGGACAGCAGAGAAGCACAGGAACUCCACUGACUACUCCUCUGAGAGCAAGAAACAGAAGACUGAUGAGAAGGACCUGGCAACCCGCUAUGACAGUGAUGGGGAAAAGAGUGAUGACAACCUGGUGGUGGAUGUUUCCAAUGAGGACCCUGCUUCGCCCAGGGGAAGCCCCGCCCACUCCCCUCGGGAGAACGGAUUGGAUAAGAACCGGUUGCUGAAGAAGGACCCGCCCCUCAGCCCCGCCUCCAUCGCCUCCUCCAGCAGCACGCCCUCUUCAAAAUCCAAAGAGCUCAACCUGAACGAGAAGUCGACCACUCCGGUGUCUAAGUCAAGCACUCCCACGCCCCGCUCCGACGCUCCCACCCCUGGCAGCAACUCCACCCCCAGCCUUAGGGGAGUUCCUGGUAAACCACCCGGAGUGGAGCCACUGGUUCCUGGGCUCCGUACCCCGAUGGCUGUACCCUGCCCGUACCCCACGCCCUUUGGCAUCGUGCCCCACGCUGGCAUGAACGGGGACCUCACCAGCCCGGGUGCCGCCUACGCCGGUCUCCACAGCAUCUCCCCUCAGAUGAGUGCUGCUGCUGCGGCCGCCGCCGCCGCCGCUGCCUACGGACGCUCUCAGGUGGUGGGGUUUGAUCCACACCACCACAUGCGUGUUCCAGGGAUCCCGCCAAACCUGUCAGGGAUACCAGGCGGAAAACCUGCGUACUCCUUCCACGUGAGCGCAGACGGACAGAUGCAGCCCGUCCCCUUCCCUCCGGACGCUCUGAUUGGUCCAGGGAUCCCGCGCCACGCCCGCCAGAUCAACACGCUGAGUCACGGAGAGGUGGUGUGUGCCGUCACCAUCAGCAACCCCACCCGCCAUGUCUACACCGGGGGCAAGGGCUGCGUCAAGGUGUGGGACAUCAGUCACCCCGGCAACAAGAGUCCCGUCUCCCAGCUGGACUGCCUGAACAGAGAUAACUACAUCCGGUCCUGCCGCCUGCUGCCCGAUGGCCGCACCCUCAUCGUGGGCGGGGAGGCCAGCACGCUGUCCAUCUGGGACCUGGCUGCUCCCACCCCCCGCAUCAAGGCGGAGCUGACCUCCUCCGCCCCUGCCUGCUACGCCCUCGCCAUCAGCCCCGACUCCAAGGUGUGCUUCUCCUGCUGCAGUGAUGGAAACAUCGCUGUGUGGGACCUGCACAACCAGACCCUCGUCAGGCAGUUCCAGGGGCACACGGACGGGGCCAGCUGUAUUGAUAUUUCCAAUGACGGCACCAAGCUGUGGACAGGAGGCCUGGACAACACCGUCAGGUCCUGGGACCUGAGGGAGGGCCGGCAGCUCCAGCAGCACGACUUCACCUCACAGAUCUUCUCUCUGGGCUACUGUCCCACUGGAGAGUGGCUGGCGGUUGGCAUGGAGAACAGCAAUGUGGAGGUGCUGCAUGUCACCAAACCGGACAAAUACCAGCUGCAUCUUCACGAGAGCUGUGUGCUGUCGCUCAAGUUUGCCCACUGCGGUAAAUGGUUUGUGAGCACAGGGAAGGACAACCUGCUGAAUGCCUGGAGAACACCUUAUGGAGCCAGCAUAUUCCAGUCGAAGGAGUCGUCCUCCGUGCUGAGCUGUGACAUCUCCGUGGAUGAUAAGUACAUCGUCACCGGCUCUGGGGACAAGAAGGCCACUGUCUACGAAGUGAUUUAUUAGCCGGAAGCCACAGUGGCCGAGGGGACUCCAUGCUGAAGCACUUUGUGAUGUUUGUUCUGUAAGACUUGACUUUUUUCUGACGCACGGAUUUGUAAAAAGACACUGCGCUGCCCUCUCCGUGACCCUUGACCCCGUUUUCCCACCACACUGAGGAGGAGUGCUUAUCUGGGCCUAAUACCAAAUCUGCUGAGCAGAGUUUGACUGACCCGACGCAACCUGACCCGGCCAGACGGAACCGACACUCAGACUUGUGUACAGCAGCUUUGCGCUAUUUAUUUGUAAAGGAGGAUAUUCUAACCAACGUUUGGGUGGAACGAGACCAGUGCUUCACGCGUCGGUGUGCAGGAAAGGUCUUCGGGGCUGUUUAUCUCCAGACUCAGGCAGGAAGCGCUGAUCCCUCUCAAAGCCUAAUAUUUAGACAGCACCGCCUGCUCGGGUUUCAGCCUGUUUCCUGGGAGAGCGGACAGGGAGGAGGCUUGCUGGAGCAGCGUGAGCGGGGAUCGAUUGAUCCGCCUGUGGAGGGGAAACGGGGAUCGAUUGGCCUCCCCGCGGAGAGGAAGACAGACAGACAGGAUUACCUGGUCCCUCUCUCCCCACCUCAUCAUCAGCAGAGAGCUGCAGGUGGUCUGCGCUGGACGUCCUUUGAAAAUCUUUCCAAAAGACACAGUAUUCCUCCCCAGGCGUAUGUAAAUAACAUCCUUUUUUUCUGGAACAGUCUGUGCAUUGAAAGCCAGUGUGUGAAUCUGCUCAUGUCCAGUGCCUUCUGCUGCUGUAGAUGAAGUUGUUCAUAUGGGUAACACUGUGUUAUUGUGCCGGUGUAGGUGUUCUGUCCGUUUGAUGGUAGAUUCUAGAGUGUGCUGGCCGGCUUACACUCACACACCUGUACACCUGGAGCAGAGGGACAGUCUGGGGUCAGUGGGCAGGGCCUGUUGCCAUAGUGCUUUGGUACGUAGGGUCAUCUUGUUUUGAGUAACGUCACUUGUGUGUCAGUAAUGACGCUUGUGGCAUAUGGAUAUCUGAACAUACUGCUAAUGGAGACUGAACACAUUGCUAACUGAUACUGAACACACUUCUAACAGAGACAGAAUACACCGCUCAAGGUCACUGAACAAAUUGCUAACUGAUACUGAACAUGCUGCUUACAGCUACUGAACACACCAUACACAGAUACUGAACACACCAGAAACAGGUACUGAACACACACUGUUAAUGGAUACUGAGCAGACACUGCUAACAUAGACUAAACACAUUGCUAACUGCUACUGAACACACUAGUAAUAGAGGCUGAACACACUGACAUCACCUCAGCGCCACACCCAUGCACUGGUACAGGGUGCUACAGUGCACUAAAUACCAACAGACCGGUCCAGUAGAGUAUGCUAAUGAACGUUACAAACCAACAGACCAAACAAUGGUGUGGUCAGUUAGCCUGAGCUACAGAGCUCUACAAACCAAUGAUGUGGUCCAGUAACGUACGCUACCAACAGUCCGGUCCAUUGGUCGAGUGCUAUUCACGCAGGCUCUCUCUGCUGGCUCCAGCUCUGUCUCUGACUCAGUGUUUAUGUGGUAAUGGAAACGGUCACUCUGGGACUUUGAAGGACUUUUGUACUAAAACAUGUAUAUAGUUCUAACGAAAACCUCAGCCUCCUUUUGCUUCUUCUGGGACAGCAUAUAUAAAUGUAUAUGUGCACGUGUGUGUGUGUGUAUGUGCGUGUGUACUGAUACAC